UCUAUCCACUGCGCCACCUAGCGGCCCCUUGAAUUAAUCGUUAAAUAUGAUUCUGAGAAGGCUUCGCCGGACUGCCAUAGAAGAGGUAAAGCUCCUCAGCUCUCCAAGUUAGCGGCAUCGGCCGGAAUAGAAGGGCGACCGCGGCUCUGGCCCUCUCGGUCCGGCUGAGCGAGCCGAGCCGGGCAUGGUUUAGGGGUGGGCCCGGGUAGGUAAGGUAACGGAUGCUCCACGUGAUCCAAUCUCUUCCCACAGUUGCCACUUAGGGAGCUUCGGAGAAGGAGCGUCGCCCUGAGGGGAGGACACCGGGAGUCCGGUUGCUAUUAGCAACAGUCCAAGGUUGCUUCCUGUUCCCACUUCUCCCCAAGUCCCCGCCGAAAUCCGUUUCCGGGGUCAGAGGUCGUCCGCACCCACCUCCGAGUCUUCUCCAAGAUGGCGAGCGGCGGCGGCGGCGGCGGCGGGGGGGCGUCGGUUGCUGCCCUCUGGAGCGAAGUGAAUCGUAACGGCCAGAACGGCGACUUCACGCGCGCCCUCAAGACAGUGGACAAGAUAUUACAGAUCAACAAAGAUGAUAUAACUGCUCUGCACUGUAAAGUGGUGUGCCUUAUCCAAAACGGUAAUUUCAAGGAAGCCUUGAGUGUCAUCAAUUCUCACACCAAAGUGUUGACUGGUGAUACUGUUUCCUUUGAGAAGGCAUACUGUGAAUACAGGCUGAAUCGUAUUGAGAAUGCCUUGAAAACAAUAGAAAGUGCCAGCCAUCAGACGGAUAAACUAAAGGAACUUUAUGGACAAGUGUUGUAUAGAUUGGAGCGUUAUGAUGACUGCUUGGCUGUAUACCGAGAUCUCAUCCGAAACUCUCAAGAUGAUUAUGAAGAAGAAAGGAAAACAAAUCUUUCAGCAGUGGUUGCUGCCCAGAGCAACUGGGAAAAAGUAAUACCAGAAAAUUUAGGCCUUCAAGAAGGCACUUAUGAAUUGUGCUACAAUACUGCAUGUGCACUUAUUGGACAAGGCCAGCUGAACGAGGCACUGAAAAUCUUACAAAGAGCAGAAGAUCUUUGCCGUCAAUCACUCUCAGAAGACUCUGAUGUGACUGAGGAAGACAUACAAGCAGAACUAGCAAUCAUUCAUGGUCAGAUGGCAUAUAUUCUCCAACUUCAGGGUCAUACAGAAGAGGCUUUGCAGCUUUAUAAUCAGAUAAUAAAAUUAAAGCCAACAGAUGUGGGAUUGCUUGCUGUAAUUGCAAAUAACAUCAUUACAAUUAACAAGGACCAAAAUGUCUUCGAUUCCAAGAAAAAAGUGAAACUAACCAAUGCAGAAGGAGUUGAGCAUAAGCUUUCCAAGAAACAGCUGCAGGCUAUAGAAUUUAACAAAGCUUUACUUGCUAUGUAUACGAACCAAGCAGAUCAGUGCCGUAAAAUAUCAACCAGCUUACAGUCCCAAAGUCCUGAGCAUCUUUUGCCUGUGUUAAUCCAAGCUGCUCAACUCUGCCGGGAAAAGCAACAUGCAAAGGCAAUAGACCUCCUUCAGGAAUUUUCAGAAAAGCAUCCAGCCAAUGCAGCAGAAAUUAAAUUGACCAUGGCACAGCUGAAAAUUGCUCAAGGUAAUAUUACCAAAGCAUGUCUAAUCUUGAGAAGUAUAGGAGAGUUAAAGCAUAAACCAGGCAUGGUGUCUGCAUUAGUAACAAUGUACAGUCAUGAAGAAGAUAUAGAUAGUGCCAUUGAGGUCUUUACUCAAGCUAUCCAUUGGUACCAAAAUCACCAGCCAAAGUCUUCUGUUCAUUUGUCCCUGAUAAGAGAAGCUGCCAACUUCAAACUCAAAUAUGGGAGGAAGAAGGACGCAAUUAGUGACCUGGAGCAACUAUGGAAGCAAAAUCCAAAAGAUGUUCACACUUUGGCACAGCUUAUCUCUGCUUAUUCGCUGGUAGAUCCUGAGAAGGCAAAAGUUCUUAGUAAACACUUGCCCUCAUCAGAUAGUAUGUCCCUGAAAGUAGAUGUAGAAGCACUUGAAAAUUCCCAUGGUGCUACAUACAUUCGGAAGAAAGGUGGGAAGCUUACUGGAGAGAACCCACUGAAAGAACAAGGGCAAGGAGACAUAAAGAAAAAGAAGAAAAAAAAGAAAGGAAAACUACCCAAGAAUUAUGAUCCUAAAGUUACCCCAGAUCCAGAGCGAUGGCUUCCCAUGCGAGAACGUUCCUACUACAGGGGAAGAAAGAAGGGUAAAAAGAAGGAUUUGAUAGGAAAAGGGACACAGGGAACAGCUUCAGCAGCUUCAUCGGAAUUGGAUGCUAGUAAAACUGUGUCCAGCCCACCCACUUCCCCCCGACCUGGGAGCGCUGCUGCAGUAUCUGCCUCUACAAGUAAUAUAAUACCCCCAAGACACCAGAAACCUGCAGGAGCUCCCGCCACAAAGAAGAAACAACAACAGAAAAAGAAGAAAGGUGGAAAAGGAGGCUGGUGAUUUGGACAUUAAUGUCACAGUCUAUUUUUUUAUCUUUUCCCACUGUAAGGCACCAGGAACAUAAUAAAGGUCAAACAGCAACAAGCACAGGGCUUUUUUAUUCCCCUCUUAAAUUGACUUAAUGUUCUGUUUAGUUUUCUGUGCUCUCUGCAUCCAGGAGUCGUAAGUGUCACGCCCUUCAGCUCCAUGCCGCCUUAACUCUCAGUCUCCUCAUGUCAUGUACCUUUGUGCAGAGUUAAGAGGACAUGGGGCAGUUGAGUAUUUGCCCGCUGUAAUCAUCUGCUGUCCCCUGCUCUUUGUGGGCCCCCCUGGCCCUUCCCAGCUUCACAGAUAAGGCGUGUUCUCCAAGGUCUUUCCGGCUUAUGUUAAAACUGGAACCUUCUUACACUAGUUUCAACUGACUCUGAAGACCCACUUGUUGCAUUCACCUUCCACUUAUUAAAGCAUGAUUUACUAGGAGUAAAGAGGCUGAAAAUGGAGUUCUCCAAGCACACUAGCAAGCUGCUUGGAAGCAUCGCUCCAUGAAAAGGGGACCUGGACCUUCCCUGGCUUCUUCACAGCGAAGUGGUUGUGGGGCAUUUUUUCAGUUUAAUUGUUUUCAGUGAUUGUAGUCACUUCCUCUUGUUAUAUAAUGUUAGGGGACCGGGUGGUUCACACUCCAUUAUUAUUUUUAUAAAUACGCAGCCUUUCUGUGUCUCAGAAGUUAGCAACAUACUGUAUUGACCUAGCACACUCAGCUCAAGAAAGAAAAUGGCCAUUAUCAGUAUGGUGAGUGGUUUACUCCAGCAUGCAGUGCUCCAGCAAAGGAAUUGGUUUCAUCCUGUCUCAUACAAAAAAGGGAAUGUUCCCAUGCAGAUACAUAGGCAUACAACUUGGUGAGAGGUAAUUCACACAGCAGUUCAGUAUUAUUAGCAGGUCGGUGUUGAGACCUAGCAAGGAAUUGUAUUCCUGUGAUAGGUGCUAUCCUUCAAACAAGCAGCUCCAACUUUCUAGUUGUGGAUUUCUGACACUCAUGUCCCACCCAAAUUAAUGAAGUAUUCUCUUAUACUCAGCUUGGUCUUUAAAAGUGUUGCCUAUGCCUUUCCCUCAUAUGCCACUGUGUUUAAACAGAAUCUAUUUUUCUUGUUAAACUGUUUAGUUCUGUGCAUAGGAAUGCUGCUUUUUUGUUACUAGUCAUUUGAUGUGUCCCAGGACCUUUUUAAAGUCCAACAAACGUUUGCUGGUGAUUACUUUAUUUCAUCCUUGUUAAUUAAAUACUGCUAGACUUCAGUCCCAACAUUGCUACCAGAACUUCUUCACCAUAGUUUUCAGGACUUUUCCUUGUUGCUGGGUGAGAGAAACAGAGAAAACUUCCUGGCGUUUCUUUUUUGGAUCCUGAAACAGGAAGGAUUGAUUGUGAUGUACACAUGAAACAAUAUCUUGAACUCAGCCAGAAUAAUGUUAUUUUUGGUAUGAGUGAAAAAAAGUUAAUUUCUUCUGAGUAUAUCAUAUAUAUUACAGAAAUAAUUAUUAGCAAAUGUAUGUACUAGGCCUAUUUGUAGUUCUCUGGUAAAGGGUAAUCAUUUGUUAGCUUAAGUAAGCCAUAAAAUCUUGGUAAGAACUCUUUCUGUGAAAAUUUUGACCAAGGUAUAUUUCACAUGUAUUAGUGAAAUUCAGGCAAACCUCUUAGUUGUCAUUAUUGUUGGACAUACUAAUGCCUGUCCUAAGCAGACCUCAGAUUAAACAAAUGAUUAUAAUUGACAGUAGAAAUGUGAAUAGGACCCUAAUUAAUUUUGCUAAUAAUUGUACCCUGUUGUGGACAGGGAUUUUGCCAGUGACAUUUUGUAUAAAUUUGUGUGUGAAUGUAUAUGUGUGUAUAUAUAUAUGCACAUAUAUAUACACACAUAUGUACAUAUAUAUAAAUCAUUGUGGAUCCUUUCAUUCACUGUGACAUUUUAAAAUAAAACAUUAUAGCAGUGAAUGUGGAUGAAAGUGUCUUGGGUGUCAGGAUUUUUGUGGGAGACUUAAGUGUAUUGAAAGUUGAAUAUCUUUUAUUUCAUUCCAUCUAAGGAUGAAUUGUUUUCAAAGUGUCAUCUCCUUGCACCUACCAAAAUCUAAGUAUAGACGUGAUAUCCUGAGAGAGGCCAAACGGUUUAAACUAUUAAAAAUACACCAUGAAUUUUUAAUCCAUUGUAGCCUUUAGAAAUAUGCGUGUAGGCCUGUCCCUUUUAACAAAGUUUGGGGAAGACCCAUGGUGUAAUGCAAAGAGCAACUGGAAAUGGAGUCAUGAGUCCUGAGUUCUAAUUUGAGCUCUCCCUCUUAAUAGCUGUGUGACCUCAGAGCCUGUUUCCUCAUCUGUAAAGCGGGGAUCAAAAUGCUUGCACUACCUACCUCACAGGGUUGUUGUGAGGAUCAAAUGAGAAAAUGAAUGUAAAGUACUUUGUAAACUGUAAAAGGCUAUAUAAAAUGCUGGUUAUUAUAACUGACCAAGUGGUGGUUAAUAAACAUUAGUAAAGGA